AUGAAGGACAAGGAGACAGCCUCGGCUCCCACUUCCGGUACUCUCUCACGAAAGCCUUCUAAUAUCUGGUUUCCUGUUUGUAUCGCAGAAAGUUCCUCAUUUUCUGUCUUGUUGAGACGUCAGCAGUUGUGGUAGUGCUUCCAGCUAUAGCGGCAGUUCUAUACUACAAGAAGCAAUGGCGGUGCAUGUGACUCUCCAGUUCCUUCUCGGUCUAGCCGUUAUAUCUUACGUCUGCCUGUCAUCAUCAGUAGCCCAGUUCCCGUCUGGGGAGGACUAUGUCCCGUGUUGGACCGGGGCCCGGUGUGACCCUUGCCCCUCGGGCUACGUGGGAAGCGCCAACGGCGAGGCCCGCUGCUGUCCCAACUGUGCACCGCAAGGGAUGAUCAUGUCCCCGUCUCUCUGCCUGUGCCGUCGGACUGCGGCGACAAAUCCCGAGGACCAAGAAGGUGCCGAUCGUGUAGAACCCGAGACCGAACCCGAGUUAGAACCAGAACCCGGGUCCGAACCCGAACCCGAACCCGAGAUCGAAUCUGAAGCCGAGUUAGAACCAGCAGAACCCGAACCAGAACCCGAGAUCGAACCAGAACUCGGUCCAGAACCCGAGUUCGAACCAGAACCAGAACCCGGUCCAGAACCCGAACCAGAACCCGGUCCAGAACCAGACCCAAGCCGACCGACUCUGGAUAGCGAUGGUCCCAAGGGGCAAGUGAAGUUCACCACAUCCGGGGUAUUUGUUGUUCCCGACGGGGUUCGCGCCGUUGACGUCAUCUGUAUCGGCGGUGGGGGAGGGGGGCGAGACAACCAUGCCGAGAUCCUGGGGGCGUACCCGUACGGCGGGGACGGCGGGAAUUCCUCUUUCGGACGGUACCUGAGCGCCGAGGGAGGGAAAGGCGCCAAAGCGGACAACUCCGGCGGGGAAGGCGGGAAGGGGACGGUGGCGGACGGAGGACAGGGCGGGGUUGGCGGCGGGUGUAGCGCAGGCGCAGGAGCUGCGGGGCAGACGUCAGGAGGCGGAGGCGGGCUGGUGCCGGGAUCCUCCACUCACCCGUUCUGUGGGGGAGGCGGCAGCAGCGGGGGGUCAUCAUGCGGGUCCGAGUUCGGCAAUAUUGGUGCUGCUAGAUCCGGGCCGGGAGGCGAGGAGCCGACUAGCCGUAAGGGCGGGCAGUACGGGGGAGACGCCAAGCCGGGGGACGGGGUGGUGGUGGUCGCCUGGGGCCGGGAGAUCGACCCGACGGGGGACAUGACCACCUGCCCAGGCUGUGCCGACUGUCCCUGUCUGUGGCCAGAAAUUACUCCAGCCCCUGCCGUCCCGAUUACCACCGAGCCUCCCCCCGUGCCCGAGCGUGACCGGCGGCGGUGUACCGGGAGUGCCGGGUACUGCCGGGGUGCACAGGUGACCGGUGCGCGGUGCGUGGACGGCUUCUGCGAAUGUUCCGGGCGGGAGUACCAGAAAUACACCUGCUUACCGGUUGUCGGGAGCUGUGCAAUAUCACGUGACUCCGGCGACGCACGCGCAGAGCCCGGUAUUCGGAACAGUCGGGACGAUGGGGAGGUGUACAGCUGCGUGGCGGACGACAACAGCCGGUAUGAAGUCCACGCUCUGGCCGUGUACGAAGGCUACGGGCCACGCAGGGGAUUCCAACAGGAGCCGACAGGGGGUGCUACUAUGAACGUGUACGUCACCGCGGACCAGCUGACCAAGCCUGUUGUUUUCGUGCUGAGCUCGUACGAGGCGGUCAACUGGGUGCUCCACCUACCGGAGGGCGUGGAACUGCAUAGAAUCGACCUGAUCGCCUACUAUCUCGCGCAGUCCUCGGUGAGUGUGCGACGCGGUUCCGUCAAGAAGGUGCAGCGCCUGUCUGGUCGGAUAGGGGGCCUUCCUGCGUGUGCGUACGGAAAGGACGAGGGCGGCUGCGACACGCUGGAGCUGUUGAAGUACAUCCAAGAGAAAUUCGGACCCGUUACGUCAUUCACUGGAACGUACAGAGCGUCGGGCUGGAGUUUGCGUAUAGGACAGCCCCCUGAAGAGCCGACUCCGUCUGGCCAGGUCCCGUGUUGGACUGGCUCCCAGUGCGACGCAUGCGCGUCCGGGAAUGUCGGGAGUGUGAACGGAGACAAGCGCUGCUGUCCAAACUGCGCCGCACAAGGUUUGAUUCUGUCCCCGUCCUUCUGUUUUUGCCGCCGGACGCCCGAGACAGACGGAGAUGGCGACAAGGAAGGGUCCAUAUUAGAUACAGGGAGUGACGGUCCCAAGGGACAAGUGAAGUUCACCACAUCCGGGGUAUUCGUCGUGCCGGACGGGGUUCGCGCCGUUGACGUCAUCUGUAUCGGCGGUGGGGGAGGGGGGCGAGACGACCAUGCCGAGAUCCUGGGGGCGUACCCGUACGGCGGGGACGGCGGAGAGUCUUCCUUCGGACGGUACCUGAGCGCGGAGGGAGGGAAAGGCGCCAAGGCAGGAAACGCCGGCGGGGAAGGCGGGAAGGGGACGGUGGCGGACGGAGGACAGGGCGGGGUUGGCGGCGGGUGUAGCGCAGGCGCAGGAGCUGCGGGGCAGACGUCAGGAGGCGGAGGCGGGCUGGUGCCGGGAUCCUCCACUCACCCGUUCUGUGGGGGAGGCGGCAGCAGCGGCGGGUCAUCAUGCGGGUCAGAGUUCGAGAAUAUGCCUCCAGGCAAAUCAGGGCCGGGAGGCGAGGAGCCGACUAGCCGUAAGGGCGGGCAGUACGGGGGAGGGGGCGGCAGCCGGGCCGGCGGACGGGCCGGGGGAGGCGGCGGGUACUCCCGGGAAGUCAUCAGGGUCGCCCCGGGAGAACGGAUCGCCGUGACGGUGGGCCGGGCGGGGACGCCGCACUACGCCAAGCCGGGGGACGGGGUGGUGGUGGUCGCCUGGGGCCGGGAGAUCGACCCGACGGGGGACAUGACCACCUGCCCAGGCUGUGCCGACUGUCCCUGUCAACAGCCGGACGCUGUAACAACACAAGCUCCGGCAUCUUCGGAAGUUACCGUUCCGGCUGUAGGAAGGACCCCCUGCAUCGGGAGCAGGGGUUACUGUCCGGGGGGACACGUUACAGGAGCCAGGUGUGUUGACGGGUUCUGUGAGUGCUCCAAGAAACACUACCAGCGAUACACAUGUCUACCGGUUGUCGGGAGCUGUGCAAUAAGCCGUGGAUCUGAGAAUGCCGAAGCCCUGCAGGAUUCGGGAGUCAGAGAGACCUUCGGCUGCGUCGCUGAUGACAACAACCAGUACGAAGUGCACAUACUGGCCGUGUACGAGGGGGUCGGACCUAGAAGGGCUGCAGCUGAGAUGGACGUCUACGUUACCACCGGCCAGGUCUCCAAACCUCUGGUCCUGGUGUUGAGCUCCUAUGAACCGGUCAACUGGGUGCUCCACCUACCGGAGGACGUGGAAGUGCACCAAGUGCUUCUGAUUGCAUAUCAUAUAGACAAGAGUGACGUGACUGUGCGGAGUGGUUCUGUGAACGAGGUGCAGCGCGUGUCAGGUCGGACAGGGGGCGCUCCUGCCUGUGCGUACGGCAAGGACGACGGCGGCUGCAAGACUGUCGAGCUGCUGAAGUACGUCAAACGAAAGUUCGGCCCCGUCUCGUCCUUCGCGGGUACAUACAGGGCAAAUAGAUGGAAUUUAAAGAUAGCUUCAGCAGAGGCCACGCCGUCUCCCAGCCCCCCGCCCCAAUGCGAACCUCUCCGUGUGGGCUUGUGCGACGGCCUCGGGUACAGCAGAACCUACCUGCCGAAUCUGGUGGGGAACGAGUUACAGCGAGAUGCGGAACUCCAGCUACAAACCUUCACACCCCUGAUCCAGUUUGGCUGCUACGACCAUUUGAAGUUGUUCCUGUGCUCGAUGUAUGCGCCUCCUUGCGGAAGUCCCCCGCCUUGCCGCUCCUUCUGCCUUGCCGCCAAGCGCGGCUGCCUGCCCGUUUUGGCCGAGUUCGGCUUCUCGUGGCCAGAGGCGUUGGACUGCGAUAAGCUAGAGGCCGACGGGAGCUGUGAAGGGCCACCAGAUGGAGAGGAGGAGAAAGAAUAUCACGUGAACGAGUGGACGGUUUCCCCCACCGGCUGCCGAUGCUGGUUUAAUGAGAGCAGUGAAGACUGCGCCUGUUGUGCAGACGGGGGCUGCCAAUGUGACGAAGAAACCGACAGACACCUGUGCGUAGAGUGUGACGUUGACAACCAGUGCGAGGUGGAGCCCUGGGAAGUUACCGGGACAGGGUGCAAGUGUUGGUUCGACCCUUCCAGACGGGACUGUGCGUGCUGUAGGUACGGAGGGUGUCAGUGUGACGAGGACAGUCCCCACAGGUGCGCCCGGUGCGGUGUGGACUGCGGGCUGGACGCGUGGUGGACUCUGACGCGCGAAGGGUGCCCCUGCCAAGGCGACGCGACCCGCCCAGGCGACUGCGCCUGCUGCAAGGACGGGGGCUGCCAGUGCGGAGACACCCAGUCACAUCGGUGCGUCCAGUGCGGACGAGAAGACGAGUGCGAUGUCGUUCCUCCUGAUGUUCAUACAACUACUCCGUCGCCGGAAAUACUACCGACCUUCGCAGAGCAGCCGACCAACACGACGGUAGAGCCGGGCGAACAGGUCAUCCUGCCGUGCCGUGGGAACGAGAUCGACGGGGAGGAGCCGACGGUCACGUGGCUGAAGAACGGGAACGAGAUCUCUGGCUUCAUGGGAGGGAUUUUUCCCUUGGCUUCAGGAGGUCUGCUGGUCAUCGUGGACGGACGGAACAAGGGGAAGUACACGUGUAGGCUCGAGUUCAACGGCAAGACGGCGGAGGCCACAGCAUGGGUUACUUUUACUUCUGAUAGGCGCUCAGAACGACUUCAGUUCACAGAGAAGCCAGAAGACCAGGAGGUGCCGUUUGGAGGAAACGUCAUAUUCAAGUGCAUGGCGUCAGGGGAGUACACGGUGACUUGGCAAAAGGACAGAAUGCCGGGGUCAGAGUUCAUCGACGGCCGCCGGGUGAUCCAGCACCGUGACGACCUGUUCAUCACCGCCGCCAUGUUGUCUGACGUAGGCACCUACACCUGCAGGGUGACCAAUGAGAUCACAGGAGAGUUCCUGGAGGCUUCCGGCACUCUGGAAGUCAUCGUCCGACUGGAAAACGUUUGUGGCCGACCCAUCCACCGGCAGGCCCCGGACAGCUACAUCGUGGGCGGCACGGACGUGGCCCCGGGCGCGGUGCCGUGGAUCGCCAUGCUGUGGGACAUCCGGCCCGCCCGCAACCGCUUCUUCUGCGGCGGCAGCCUGCUGAACGCCGAGUGGGUCGUCACGGCGGCACACUGCAUCCUGGAGGGCGAGGUCACAAAGGACGACUUCAUCAUCCGGCUCGGAAAACUCAGCUCCGAGCAGGGGGUUUUCGAAGAGAACGAAAGGUCCACUAGAGCUUCACCUACAGUGCGAGAAAUCAUCAUACACCCGGACCACAACCCGGACAACUACGACGUCGACCUAGCUCUCGUUCGUCUGGAGGAAAAGAUCGCCUUCACGGACUACAUCCUGCCGGUGUGCCUGCCCACGGUGGAGGACGCCCGCCGGCUGCUCACGGCGACGCCCGUGGGCUCCGUCAGCGGCUGGGGCAGGACCGUGGAGGACGGCACGUUUUCGUCAACGCUAAAAGAGGUCAAUGUGCCCAUCAUACGCCAGAGUAAAUGCCGGAGAGCGCAUGCGCGGUAUGACGUCACAAAGAACAUGUUCUGCGCCGGCAGUGAAACCGGAGGGAGGGACUCCUGUGAUGGAGACAGCGGAGGGCCAUUUGUCGUCUACGAUAACGGAAAGUGGAACCUGAUGGGUAUCGUCAGCUGGGGUGACGGCUGCGCCCUGAGAGACAAGUACGGCGUCUACACCCGCGUGCACAGGUUCCGCGAUUGGCUGCAGGAGCAGAUCCGCGAGGAGUAGCUAGGGGGCGCUGGCGCACGGCAAAAGACAACCUAUGGCUCGAAAUUCA